CCGCUAACCUGAUAGGACCGGGUUUUAAUCCUUAUUUAAUUAAUAUUUUUUCAGAAAAUCCCUUUGGAAAAAGUGGCUGGACUCUUCCUCGCCGCCGCCUCUUCCAGCAGGAGUGCAUUUAUUCUAACAGUGAGAUCAGACACAGUACAAUCAUGGACUCAACCCGGGGAUUUAAAUGCUUUGACACGCUGGAUUGCACUGCUGCACAGUAAGGAUGGAUAGAAAAUAAGAAGAACGCCAAAAAACGAAUCAGGUAGCGGUGCUGCAGCAGAAGGAUGCCGCUGGUGAAGCGCACCAUUGAGCCCAGGCACCUGUGCCACACAGUGCUGCCAAGGAACAUCAAGAAUGAGCUGGAGUGUGUGACUAACAUCUCCUUGGCCAACGUCAUCCGCCAGCUCAGCAGCCUCAGUAAAUAUGCAGAAGACUUGUUUGGAGAGCUGUUCAAUGAGGCCCACUCCUUCUCUUUCCGGGUCAACUCUCUACAGGAGCGUGUGGACCGCCUCUCCAUCAGCGUCACACAGCUGGACCCCAAAGAAGAAGAAUUGUCUCUUCAGGACAUUACCAUGAGAAAGGCUUUCAGGAGUUCCACUAUUCAGGACCAGCAGCUUUUCGACCGCACGUCGCUGCCCGUCCCGAUGCAGGAGACCUUUCAGACCUGUGAACAGCCGCCGCCCCUCAACAUCCUCACACCCUACAGGGAUGACGGGAAGGAAGGUCUCAAGUUCUACACCAAUCCGUCCUACUUUUUCGAUCUGUGGAGGGAAAAAAUGCUGCAGGACACAGAGGACAAGAGGAAGGAGAGGCGGAAACAGAAGCUGGAAAUACCUUAUCUCAUGUGUCCUAAGGGCUUUAUAAGAGUCCUAUCUGAAACCCCUCCUCCUUUCCUCUCUCCCCCAGAGUUGCAGGAUCCCCGCAUGUAUGAUCAGGUCUAUAGGUACUUAGACCUUCCAGGGCAGCUGAAGGCGAUAGACCGCCCACCAGAGCCAGAGAAGGUCCCGCGGGCCCCCCACGACCGGAAAAAGGAGUGGCAGAAAUUGGCGCUGGGCGCAGAGUUGGCCCAGGACAUACCCGAAGACAAACACAGGGAGGCCAACGGCUCAGCAGGUUACCACGACAACAGGGCUCCCUUGUACAUGGAACAUUUGGAUGGACCCUUCUCGCUGGCGGCGCUGCCCUACAGCCAGAUGAACGAGCUGCUGAAUCGUACAGGAGACAGAAUGUAUUCGCGGCCCAACGACCCUCCACCGCCACCACCUCCGGUUCACCCUCUGGGAGAGAUCAAGCCUCCUUCUGUGAUCAGCUCCAGUUCAGGUUUUUCCGACAGCAGACCCCAGUCUCCAGCACGGACAGCAGGCCUCAACUCCAACACCCCCCCUCCUCCACCUCCUCCUCUCCCCCCUCCACCUCCUCCUUUACCCUCUGCAGGCCUUCGGGGCACCCCUCCUCCCCCCAUUCCUCCACUCCCAGUCCAGCAGAAGCCCCCGGCUAUCCCGCCUGCCCCCGCCCCUCUACAGAUCGCCCCGGGGGUACUCCACCCGGCCCCUCCACCCGUGGCGCCUCCUCUCCACUCCUCCUCCCCAGCCCGUCUCCAGCAGGUCCUGGACAAGGGCCCACAUAUGGGCUCUUCAACCCAGUCAGACGGUACCAUCCUGCCCCCGCCCCCUCCACCCCCUCCUCUGCCUCUCCCCGGAGCACGGAGUUCGUCGCCCUGUCCGUCAGGCCCCCCACCUGUGCCGGCCUUCCCUUCAGCAGGAGCCAUGGCCUCCCCACAGCUCCACGCCACAUCCCACGAUAUGGGCAAGAGGCACCAUCCUGCCAACCUGCCCCCCAUCAGCGAUGCACGCAGUGUGCUGUUGGAAGCCAUCAGAAAAGGUAUUCAGCUCCGAAAAGUGGAGGAGCAGCGAGAACAAGAGGCGAAGCACGAGCGCGUGGGCAACGAUGUGGCCACCAUCCUUUCCCGCCGCAUCGCCGUGGAGUACUCCGACUCAGAGGACGAGUCUGAGUUUGACGAAGGAGACUGGAUGGAGUGACGAUGACGACGAUGAAGAUGAAGAUGAAGAUGCGGCGGUGGCAGCGGAGGACAAACGUGUUGGGGUGUUCCCAAAGCCCUCAGCAUCACGAGUCCUUUCUACUCCGGAGAGAAGUGAAACAUGGUCGUCGUGCACUUUUCCUUCCUCUGUCGAGCUUUUUUUAAUCUCAUCAUAUCUGUCUCGCUGUGGUUUGUGUUCAGAGGAGAAUCUCCACGUAGCCCUCAUCGGUCUUUCUAGUGUUUCCUGAAGAAGUUUUUGAGUUUGUUCUUCUCUGCACUACCACACAACUUUGUUUCAGCCGGAUUUCUUGUAACGAAAUCCCUCAUGUUUACUAUUGUUAUACACGAAGAUUAAUUUUUUUCGAGGACCCACUUGUUUUUGUUUCUUAUCUGUAUGUCGGUGUUAAAAAAAAAAAAAAAAAAAAAAAAAAAAAAGGAAAAUUGAAGGCAUGUUGCAACUUUCCUUAGUUCUCAGCACAGUUUUGCCACCUGGUGGUCGAACAUGGCAUUAAAAGAAUGCUGUUUUAAUUUCCUUUUUUUUUUUCUGCUGAAACAUUCGGUUUCGACGGGGCCAGUACGUUGCAGAUACUGACCACUUCAUGAACGCUCCAGCUGUGAUUUCACUUCGCUGGGUUUUUAUUUUUCGCUCUUGUUAUCAGGACUGACUUCACCACUAAAAAGAAACAUGCAAACGAUUGUGUUGGUAUGCUCUGUGAUGAUUGUUGUAUGGUUGAAAAAUGAAGAAGGAGGAAGCAUAUGGCUGCUCUGGCCAUAUCUAUGUGCAUAUUCAUCCUCUUCCAUCUAUUUACCAGGGAAAUAUAUGCCGAGAGAUUGAGCUUUUUUGUCCGUUUUUCGGGUCUUGUGAUUUUUUCCUAAGGAGUCAGGUACAGUAUGCUCAUGCUUGACAUUGGUAUAUGUCAAAGAGCAACACUGAGCCAUUGUUUUCUAGUGUAUUGAGCUCCCAUCGUUUCAUUACGUUCGCCACACAAACUGACUUGGGAAGUGAUGAGAUCCUGUAGAUAGAAAAUCAGAUUUCCUGCCUCUUUUAUCGUCCCAGAUGAAUAUUCAGUGUGCCGAGGGAAGCGACCGGAUAUAAUGAGUCUGACCAUCAGCAGGUACAAACCACUCACCACCACUGAAGGCAGCUUUCCUCAUCCCCAUCCCCCCCACCAUCCCCUCGGAUCCCCCCUUUUACUGUGUACCUGCCCACUAACGAGAAGCCUUACCUCGUUUGGUUCUUCUGCAGCAACUGUUACUCAAAAGAAUAUGUUUAGCUCAAUACUGCCUUUUGAGGCUUAAAAAAAGAAAAAAAAAAGAGAAGGAUACAUUAUUAUGCCUUGUUUUUGGCUCAUUUCGGAGAAAAUGUCUGCCAUCCUUUUGCGUUUGUUUGUUCGUUUGUUCUUUCUUCUACUUGCCUUAUUGUUCGUACAAAACUUAUCGUUGAGUUGAUGAAUGUAUUGUGCCGUUACUACUUACUUGCCUGCGCUUGUAUGGAUUUGCUGUUUCUAUGUUCGGGGAAAGAAAAAGGGAUCUGGGACAGAAACCCUGGUUUAAAAAAAAAAAAAAAAAAAA